UCUGCGCCGACCUGGCCUUGGGACGAGCGGCUAGUCCAGUCUGCUGCGCGCCUCGCUCGGCGACGGUUGUAUAGUCGUGUGCUGCGCGCGUCUGUCUGUCUUCUGGACAGAGAAAGAGAGAGAGAGAGAGAGAGCCGUGUGUCUUUUUUUCACGUGAGCGUCGUGUGUCCGGGCUUUCGGUUGGCCGAACCCUGACGUCACCCGUCUUUUUUUUUUGUCUUCGAGCAGCUGAUCGCAAGGGGAGAACGACCUCGCAGCCAUACUCUUCGACGCCGACGCGCGCGUGUUUUUUUUUUUUUUUUUUCGUCGCGUGAAAGUGAGUCGUAGAGGAACAAAGAAGAAAAGAAGUCUUCACGUGUCGUCCCACGGCGACAUUAUUUUUUUUUCGCGAAGCCACGUACGCGCGCACGGCCAACCCCCCCUCCCUUCCCGGGGGAGAUAACGGGUGCCAUUUUGUGUUGAUAAACAAGUCUUGGCGCGCUGUUGCGCGGAAUGGCGACCUUGGACGGCGCCGAUAGCAGCCGGGCCGCGGCGCCUUGGAGGUGUCAGCGCGGCGGUGCCUCGCGGUAGCAGCUGCCUUUCCAUUUUUAUUUUCCCCCGCGAGACAACAGGGCAGGUACGUGUGUCUGUACGUUGGGUUUCGUUUCGCUCGUGUCGUUUUUGUGUGUCGGUCGCUCCUGCCGCGCGCACGCCUCGUUGACUUGGGGGGAGUGCCGGGCCAACAUUCAGGUACAGUACCGCACACGAAAACUGGGCGCGGUUAGUACAGUGCCGGACACGGAAUCUGGGCGUGGUCGUACAGUACCGCGCACGAAAACUGGGCGUGGUCGUACAGUGCCGGACACGGAAUCUGGGCGUGGUCGUACAGUGCCGGACACGGAAUCUGGGUGUGGUCGUACAGUGCCGCACACGAAAACUCAGCUUGUACAGUGCCGGACACGGAAUCCGGGUGGGAUCGUACAGUACCGCACACGAAAACUCAGCUUGUACAGUGCCUGACACGGUAUCCGGGCGUGGUCGUACAGUGCCGCACACGAAAACUCAACUUGUACAGUGCCGGACACGGAAUCUGGGUGUGGUCGUACAGUGCCGCACACGAAAACUCAGCUUGUACAGUGCCGGACACGGAAUCCGGGCGGGAUCGUACAGUACCGCACACGAAAACUCAGCUUGUACAGUGCCUGACACGGUAUCCGGGCGUGGUCGUACAGUGCCGCACACGAAAACUCAACUUGUACAGUGCUGGACACGGAAUCUGGGUGUGGUCGUACAGUGCCGCACACGGAAACUGAGCUUGUACAGUGCCGGACACGGAAUCCGGGCGGGAUCGUACAGUACCGCACACGAAAACUCAGCUUGUACAGUGCCUGACACGGUAUCCGGGCGUGGUCGUACAGUGCCGCACACGAAAACUCAACUUGUACAGUGCCGGACACGGUCUGGGUGUGGUCGUACAGUGCCGCACACGGAAACUGAGCUUGUACAGUGCCGGACACGGAAUCCGGGCGGGAUCGUACAGUACCGCACACGAAAACUCAGCUUGUACAGUGCCGCACACGGAAUCUGAGCGGGGUCGUACAGUGCCGCACACGGAAUCUGAGCGGGGUCGUACAGUGCCGCACACGGAAUCUGAGCGGGGUCGUACAGUGCCGCACACGGAAUCUGAGCGGGGUCGUACAGUGCCGCACACGGAAUCUGAGCGGGGUCGUACAGUGCCGCACACGGAAUCUGAGCGGGGUCGUACAGUGCCGCACACGGAAUCUGGGCGUGGUCGUACAGUGCCGGACACUAAUCUCGGCGGGGAAUUACAGUGCCGCACACGAAAUCCGGGCGGGGACGUACAGUGCCGGACACGGAUGGCGGACCGGCAGCGCGCGGGGCUGCGCAAGCGGUCGCGCAGCCUGGACAGGCUGCUCAGCCAGACCAGCCUGCGCCGCAAGAAGAAGAAGCCCUUCUGCUCGGACGGUCAGUGCGACAUCCGCGUGCAGCUGGGCGAGCAGCUGCGAUGCCUGGACGUGCGCAUGGAGGCGCAGGUGGCGCUGGUGGCAGAGCUGCAGGACUACUUCAGGCGGCGCGCCGAGGUGGAGCUGGACUACAGCAAGAACCUGGACAAGCUGGCCAAGAGCCUGCAGCUGCGGCAUAAGGAGCAGCGCCAGAAGAGGGAGCAGUGGCCCUUGUUCUCCAGCUACUCGUGCUGGCAGCAGCUCGUCACGCAGACCAGGAACCUGAGCAAGGACCACGCGGCGCUCAGCGAGGUGUACUCCACCCACCUCGUCAGCCGGCUGUCCCAGGUCAUGGAGGACGUGCAGAGGAUAUACAGGCGGUGCCGGGAGAUCGGGCACGAGACGCACGAGGAGAUACUGCGCGUGCUGCACGAGCUCCACACCACCAUGAAGACGCACCACAGCUACCAGGCCGAGUGCCGGCAGGCGGAGGCGAAGCUGCGGCUGGCGGAGGCGCAGCGCCUCAAGCUGGAGCAGGCGCUGCCCCGCGAGAAGCUGGACCGCUCCAAGAAGUACCGCCUCAUCGAGAAGGAGGUGCACAAGCGCAAAAAUAAGUACAACGAUGCAAAGCUGAAAGCGCUGAAAGCUCGCAACGAGUAUAUGCUGUGUUUAGAAGCGUCCAACACUACCAUCCACAAGUAUUUUGUGGAUGACCUUUCUGAUCUUAUAGACUGCAUGGACUUCGGGUUCCACAACUGCGUGUCGCGCGCGCUGAUGAUGCACGUCUCGGCGGAGGAGGGCUGCCGGCGGUCCGCGCAGGCUGGCCUGGACCAGAUGACGAGCUGCGUCAGCAGCCUGGACUCGCGCCUCGACAAGCAGAGGUUCCUAGAGUCCAACCACACCGCCUUCAUGAUCCCCAAGAAGUUCGAGUUCCAGGGCCAGAAAGACGAGGGCCCGGAGACGGAGCUGCAGAAGAGCCUGCGCGACGACCUGGAGUCGCGGCUGUGCCAGCUGCAGAGCCGGGUCACCUCGUUGCGCACCGAGUCGGAGGAGGUGUGGAAGACGCUGGAGACGGCCGAGGUCACGCUGCUGGAGAUGCUGGACGCCAAGGACUACGACUGCAGCGGCUGCUUCGGCAAGGCCGCGGCGCCGGCGCAACGCCCGCCCGAGACCGUGUCCAUCAAGCUGCGCGCCGACCGCCACGAGACAGAGGAGUUCUACAUGUCGAAGUUCCGGGAGUACCUGCUGGGGACGAGCCGGAUCGCGCGGCUCGAGGCGAAGCAGGAGUUCAUCCACCAGACGCUGCUGGACGGGGCGGGGGGCUCGCCCACGUCCCUGAAGGGGCUCCAGCAGCGGGCGGGCCCGGCCAGCAAGCCCCCGCGCCGCAAGAGGAUCGGCCGGCUGCAGAUGAGCGGCCAGCCCAAGCUGUUCGCAGGCAGUCUGGAGGAGUACCUCGAGGCGACCAAUCAGGAGAUCCCGCUCAUCGUGAAGAGCUGCAUACGGGUCAUCAACCUCUACGGGCUCCACCACCAGGGGAUCUUCAGGGUGUCCGGGUCCCAAGUGGAGAUCAACAACUUCAGGGAGUCGUUCGAGCGCGGGGAGGACCCCUUGGCCGACGUGACGGACGCGUCGGACAUCAACUCCGUGGCGGGGGUGCUGAAGCUCUACUUGCGGGAGCUGCGCGAGCCGCUCUUCCCGAUCAUCUACUUCGAGCACUUCAUGGAGCUGGCCCAGCUGGAGUCAAAGCACGAUUUCAUCACCAAAAUGAGGGAACUGAUCCAAAGUCUUCCAAGGCCCGUAGUUGUGGUCAUGAGAUACCUGUUUGCAUUCCUAAACCACCUGUCGGAGUUCAGCGACGAGAACAUGAUGGACCCCUACAACCUGGCCAUCUGCUUCGGCCCGACGCUGGUGCCCGUCCCGGAGGACAAGGACCAGGUGCAGUACCAGAACCAGGUCAACGAGCUCAUCAAGAACAUCAUCCUGUUCAACGAGGAGAUCUUCCCCGUGGACGGCGGCCUGCUCUACGAGAAGUACAUUAGCCGCGAGCCGGACGAGACCGACGUUGGAGACUCCCCGUCUGACCAUGUGCACGAAGACUGCGAUUCUGAAGUGUAUCCCUCGGAGGACGAGUCGGAGUCCCUGGAGGCGACUGCGCAGUUCGACUUCCUGGCCCGCUCGGAGCGCGAGCUGAGCUUCAAGAAGGGCGACAGCGUGGUGCUGUUCUCGCAGGUGUCCAACGACUGGUGGAAGGGCAGCGUGAACGGCCACGAGGGUCUCGUCCCCGACAAGUACAUCAUGCUCAAGAUAAAGGACGAGGACCGCGAGAAGCUGGAGCUGCUCAAGUCCAGCUCCUCGGAGGAGUCGAUGCGACGGCGGGCGUCGAGCUCCAACGACUCCGUCCUGUCGUCCAACGUGUCGUCCUCGUCGGUGCACAACUCUCCCGUGGCCAACGUCUCCUCGGCCACGUGGCCCGACCCGGAGCUGUCCCGCCGGGGCCUGGUCGCCGAGCCCACCCCGCUCAUCGCCCUGCAGGCGCAAGAGAAGGCGCCCCAACCGACCACGCGGCGCACGCAGUCGCUGGGCGGCGGAGUGGAGGUGUCCGGGGGCGUGAUGGGGGCGGUGGAGGCGGCCCUCGGCACGGCCCGGCGGCUGGCCGCGGCCGCUCUCCGCGCGGAGUCCGAGGAGGACGGGCUGUCUGUGUUCCUGGACGGCCUGGCCUCGGACAAGGACGACGGCUCUCGGCCCGGGACGCCUGCCAGCACCUGCAGCGAGGGCGACCUCGGCGACCGCAGGUCCGACUGGAAGAGCCUGAGCAUCGGCGAGGGGGGCGACGCCCCGGAGAACGUCAACUUCAGCCAGAACCGGGAACUGUGGCAGCGGCGGGCGGCGUCCCAGACGCAGCUGGGGCCCCCGUCCAAGGACGGCGCCAAGGGCUUCCGGUCCAACCAGGAGUUCUGGGAGCUGCGGCAGAAGCACACGCCGGACCUGGUGAUGGAUCUGCCGGUCGUGGGGUCGUCCGGCCCCAAGGACGCCGGCGGGGGGAAGAAGUCCAUAUCCGCGGCCUCGCUGUCGUCGCUGUCGUCUUCGUCGUCCUCCGGGGAGGAGGAGGCGGCUCCCCCCGUGACCGAGAGCGUGGCCAGCCCGCCCGGCCCGGAGAGCCCGGACAUGACGACCGCGGCAGAGCGGUUCGCGAAGCAGAACCAGUGCACGCUGAAGAAGAACACGAAGGCCUCGCAGGCUGCGUCCAUCGAUGCCCAGACGCAGACCAUCAAAGCGUCCGCCAAGCGGGCCAAGUUCGCAGCAGAUGCGGACGCUCGCAAGCCUCUGCCCGACGCCAAGCCGGACGACGGCGGCGACGGGGCGAAGCAGUCUCCCGACUCGGGGAAGGGGAGCCAUGCUGCCCCAGGGGGGGAGGCAGUCCCCGCGAGGAGCCCCGGUCUGCAGAGGAGCGCGCAGAAGGUGGCGCCGAAGUUCGGCCCGGCGGUAGCGAACCCCGUCUCGUCGUUCAAGCCCCAGGUGAAGGUGAAGCCGCAGAUCUUGCGCAAGCCCGUCCUGCCUGUGCCCCACCCACACCCCGCGCAGCCUUCGCCGGAGCUCGCUCGCAGGGAGAAGCUCCAGGAGCCUAUCAACUAGCCUGUGUGUCUCCCGAGCCGCGCGCGCUUCAAUUAUGCCAUAAGACUGAUCACUGUAACUACCACGCCGCUUGGGCAAACUGUCGAGUAUGAUGUGACCAAAAUAAUCACUAUUUUCCGUGAACAGGUGUAGGAACAUUUGUUACCAUGAUGUUUGUAAUGCUGGGGAUGUAUUAAAUAUCGGUACAAAAAGUAGGCGGAUGUAGAUGACAUAAUGCAGUCCUUAGCGAGUCAUAGCUUACAAAAAAUAAACUAUAGGCUCAUAAUGUACGCAGUCAUUAAAAACAUUAAUGUUGCUUAAACAAUGUAAUGCAUAUUUCUUGAUGAGAUUUUGAAAGCGUUCAACUUUAUUCAAUGUGCCAAGGUUUUAUUAAAUACAUCCCUACAACAGUGUGUUUAAGUGUAAAUAUAAACUCCACUUAAAAGGCCUUGUAAUAUCUUGGUUGCUUAGAAUAGGAGAUAGCGUCCAAAAUGCAUGUUACUUUACAUUUUAUAAGCAUUUGAGUAACCGCUGCGAGGUAUACUUUUUAAUUAAUUUUUUUUUUUAAUUGGAAAAGUACAGGGAAAUGAUGGGAGAAGUAAGGAACAUUUUGUAUACUCAUACUGAAAGCUGGUAAGUCACGUAGAAUUGUUUAUGUAGUUUAGCAUGUUUUAUAGCAAUGUAAUUGUCGAAGAAUGUACUCAGUAUGACCGAGCAAUAGAAUGUCAAAUGUUGUAACAAACAUAUUGCUCUUUAUGUGUUACUUUUACAGCUCAUUCUGUGAACAUCACAGAUUAUCGACUGUGUCGAAACUGCGCGCUAAAUCGGCUAUACCUUUGUAAUCUCGGAUUUUAUCUCUUGGUAAAUUCUCACUUAUCAAAUAAGGUUUUCUUUCCUUUCUAAUUAUCGUGCUCUCUUGCUCUUAACUAUAACAAUCAUUUCAUAUCAACACACAUUCAUUAGUCUCUGAUGUAUUGUAAAUGUUAUUGGUAACCGGCUCGGUACUGAGAAUUUUGUAAUUGAACAUUUAUAAUUGUGCGUGUUGUUCAUCGUCUGUGUCGAACGCAAGUUUACAGUAUACACGAUUACGAAAGAGAGACAACGAAAGUAGAUCUGUUUACCUGUUGGAAAUAUUGUGCCGUGGAUGGGUUGUGGCUAUUGCACAAAUUAUGAAACAAUACUUUAAACAUUGCUUGACCAACGUUCAUGUCAAGAGCUUUAUGUUUGUGUUAUUGAAUGCACCAAAAACUCACAAGGAAUGCUGUGAUUAAGUUCCAAUUUUUUUUAGGAAGGUAGCAUUGGGGUUGGAGUUGAUGUUUGCAGUAGCCGCAGACACAUUGGUCUGCUGUCCUGGCCUUAAUUCGGGCCAGCAUCCCUACUUUAACUUUAGAUUUUUGAGAAGACUGAGAGAAACUAUGUAAAACAGUACUUAGGUGUGUUAGCUGUUCAAUUUUUUUUUUUUUUUUUUCACAAGUGAAGUAUGUGUUAAUCCUCAAAUUGAAACCAACAAAAAUAUUGUAGUGUUUACUAGUACUUAAAAGUUCAUAGUUUUUCUUUCAUGUUUGCAAUUUUUUUUUGUAGCUUUGUAACAAAAACCGUGGUGUCCUAAGUGUUUAUAAUCCUACACCUUUGAUCUUUACCAAAAGUUAAGUGUUGCUUGUGUUAGUGAAAUGUUAAUUUUAUUUCAUUUUAAUCAUGUUCUGCUCAAUUUGUAAAGGAACUUUUUUACUGUGUGGUAUGUUUAGUAAUGAAUGUUAUUAAAUGAGAAAGGUCAGUCCUGGUAUGUACAAAGGAAUUUUUACUCAGAAAUUUGCCUUUCUUAAUAGAAUAACAUUACUGUUGUGUAAUGUAAUCAAUUGUGCCUGGUUAUGUUGUAGUCUUCGUCAGGUUACAAAAACCCAAGUGGAUGGUUUAACACAUUCAUUAAAAUUUUUUCUGAAUAGCUUGCUGCAAAGGUAGCUAACUAUCAGUACAGUAUUGGAGGUGUGAAUUGAUGCAGUGGUCUGGCCGUACAAUUUACAUUUGUCAGUAAUCCGCAAGCAUGAAGUCUUUGUUACAAAUUUAUGUUGCUGGUACUUGUACAAUCAUUAAACAUUUAUUCCUUGUACAUGCUUCACAAAGAAAUAGAUACCGUACCUACUGUUUCCUUGCAAAUGUGUGGUCAGUAUUUCGGUUUAUAAAUUUACAAAUCUUAAGAUUUAUAAAAAAAAGUUAUCACACUCUGAUAGGUACAUGACACUGUGGUCAGUAAAUGCAAAUUCUUAAAUUUUCAAGUAAAGAAAAAUUAAUUUUGUAAACCGAUUUAAUACAAAACAUGAAGCUCAUAACUCAUGUAGAAAUAAAAAUAUACAGUAUAGUUUGAAAACUCAGGGGUAUAAAAACAAGUUAAGCUACAAAACUCUGCCCUACAUCAGUAUGAAAUUUAUAAAAGGAUUUUUUUCAUUUACAUGAAAAACACAUUAUUGCUAGCCAUUUGUUUUGAAAACUGAUACAGAAAAGAUUACUAGUAUUGGCAACAUAUUCACCUUGGGGUUGGAAAGAUAUUUGAUAGUGUGGUAUUUCUGAAAUACAUUAAAAAUAGUAAAUACGUAUCUUCAACAUGGUGAGUGAAAAAAAUUAACAGUAUUAUCAUGUUAACCAAAUUUUGUCUUUCUACACUAUUGAUGUCAAACCACUUUUAUUUAUUUUCUGGUUGGCAGUUAUUUACUACAUUUUAUUAACUUCUUUAGAAAGUUGUCUUUAGGCAUGUGCUUGAUUUACACUGCUGAAUGUGUAGAAACGACAGCUUAAUAUCGGUUAUGUUAGUUUUGAACUAACUUACAGAUAUUUAUUAAACUAAAAACUAUGCAGGUUGCGAGAUAACGAAACAUUUUACAUAUACCGGUACGUUGUUAAUGGUUGUGUGUCCCAUCUACUUUGUAAGAUGUAAGCUGAGAAUGUAGUUUUGGAGAAACUAUUCUAAAAAGUGCUUAAAAAUCUUAUGUUUUUAACGAGCGUUGUAGUAGUUACUCAGUUUUAUAAGUUAAUGUGUAUAUAUGAAUGUUGAAAUUAGUGAUGGUCACGUUUGUUACUCAGUCAAGGAAAUGUCAGAACUCCAAACCAUUAUAAUUUAUUCACAAGUUUUAAUAAAGUUCUUUUUUCCCCUACACCAUAUUUCGAAGGAUAUAUGUACUGUUUACACUCGAAAAUAGUCUCCCUGAAUGUAAGACGAUUUCCAAGUCAAGAUUCCAAGGAAAAUUAUUAAAUCACAUUUUUUGUUUCCUUGCUUAGUAGGAAGUUAUUGCUCAGAAUCACAAAAAAAAAAAAAAAAAAAAAAACUUUUUUUUAAUCGUCCAGUCUGUGAGAAUUAAAAAUGCUUAAUGAAUAUUUAAUGUCAUUAAUAAUGCCUUUUAAUAAAAAAAAAUUGAAAUGGUUAAUUUUUUUUUAAAUUUUACCAUACAACCACAUCAUUUUCCCCCUUCCCUCAUUGCUGUCAGAUAUAAAACGACCCCUGAUUUUUCAGGUGGUCAUUGAAUGAAAAAAUUCUCUUAUUUUCUGGUGGAUAUGGUAUAAACAAAUAUUGUGAGGUUUUUUAAAUCUUUACUUCUUUUUUUAAAUUUGUGUCCAUACAGCUAAGUCUAAUAUUUCAUGUUACUAUUGUGUACAAGAGAAUUGUCUGUUUAAGACACUGUCUUUGCAUAAUAUAGAAAUCACAAUUUUCUAGCACUGAGGUAUGUGUUGAUUAUGGCGUGCUUAUGGCUUACUUUUUGUGUCCACAUAAGAAAGAAUGAAAUGUAGGUAACCACAGAACAUUAAGAACUGCUGAAAAGAAUUUUAGUUAAUUCUGGAUGCAGUUUAAUAUUGAGAAAGAAAAAAAUUAACAGAUUGCAUUGUAGUGACUUGUGCUUCAACAUACUCUACUUUAAAAUUCACAUUUUCUCAGAUUACCUGUAAUUGUCAUUUAGUCCUAAAAUUCAAUAAUUAUUUUUAAUUUUGUAUUUUGUAAUUCUCGAAAAAGAUUUGUCCAUCUAUACCUCUAUGUGCAAGCUUUCUUCCCGGGCAAUAGAACGAUUGUUUCUACAAUCUGUAGACUUGGUCUUGUAUGGUAUAGCAUUAUUACAGUGUGAUAGCCAUUGGUGAAGUUCAUAAAUAUUUUUAAUAAACAUACAUAAAAUCUGAAUCAAGGUGACAACUACCAGUAGAUUACCUUUUAGUUUCAUGGUUGCAGUUUGGGUCUUCUCAAAUCACACCACAGUUAUAAUUCAGGGUUACAGAAAAUAAAUAUGGAUUUUUUUUUUAAUUUUUAUUUUGAACACUUUCAAGGUCACUUAACUGGCCAUUAAGAAAGUAUUACUGGACUUGUCACAUGUUCACCACUUAAUUGAACCUCCUUGCAUGUUGCGCUAACAUUACACGUCAUGUUGUACGGUAUUUCCCAUGAAGCACUUAGAAAACUUGGGCCAAAGACUGGGUAUCAGAAAAAAUUACAUUUAGUUUGUUUUCACAUCUCUAUCGUAGCCUUAGUAACCAGUUUUCGGUAGUCACAGGUAUAUUUCCCACGGAUAUGCUUGCUAAAUGAAAAACUUAAUUUUUUCACUGCAUGGUAAAAAUUAACCAGCCUCGUAAAAUCCUAUUUGCAUUCAAUAUUUUCAACUUUAAAACCUUCCAUUAGCAUCAGAGUGUACCAUGAACCAUUUGUUGCUCAAAAGUUUGGAGACGACAUGCCUACAAUGUGGUUACAUCCAGGUGCUCUACUGCUUUGCUAAACUUUUAGUCUUGAGGAGUUGGCACUAAACAUAACCAUGGCGUAUUUAUUGAAAUCAUUGAUGGUAUCGCAAUGCUUUCACAUGUACUCUUCGCUGUGUCUUAAAAUUUUUGUCGUAUGGUUGCCGAUGUGUAGUGAAGUCUCAACACCAAAAUAAUUUUUCUAACGUGCUGCUGUGAUUUUCAAAUACAAAGAAAAGUUACUUCCAGCACACAGUAUUGUCGAUACCACCCCUUCGAGUAUAUUUUCAGCAAUUUUUUGUACAUAACUUUUUAUAGUUGUAAGCGAGCUUUGGUGCGAGGAGUUUAGUACGUACUACAGUGUGCUGAAUUUUUUUCUUCUUCAUAGUGUGUGUAUCUUGGUCAUGUCUGUCCAUUUCUAAUUUUAUUUUGUAAAUGUUUUAAGUUUAAAACUUGCAUUUUUUACUAUGGCGCUGUAAAGUCAUUAUAUUGUACUACAUUAUUCUCAUGGUGUUACCACAUGUAUGAUUUGUAAUAAAGAUGGUAAAAUUCCA